AUGGAUCAAUCACCAACUACCCCUUUAAGCUUAACUCUAGAAUACUGGAAGGAGGUCGUGGAGCGGGCCCACAACUUAUCAGUGGAGGUCCGAAAGAAGAAGUGGCAAAGUUUCUGUUCCUCUGAGUGGCCCUCUUUCGAAAAACGAUGGCCAAGGGAUGGGACUUUUGACCUUGCUACUAUCUUACAGGUUAAGGAAUACAUUUUCCACCCAGGACCCCACAGACACCCGGACCAGGUGGCCUAUAUAGUCACCUGGGAAGACUUGGCCCAGAACCUCACACCUUGGGCACAGCCAUUCCUGCCUCCUCUGGGAACCAGAGAGACUGAUCAAGGACUCCACCUGAGGAGGGACAGAGGGGGCCUUUCUGAUGGAACCUGGACUUCCCAGAUUUUUCCCCUCCAAACUGUAGGGGACAAGAUCCAGUACUGGCCUUUUUCAGCCUCUGACUUGUAUAAUUAGAAAACCCAUAACUCCUCUUUUUCUCAGGACCCUCAGGCUCUAACUGCUUUAAUAGAGUCUAUCCUCCUCACCCACCAACCCACCUGGGAGGACUGUCAACAACUCCUCCAGGCACUUUUAACCACAGAGGAAAGACAGCGAGUCAUCCUAGAAGCCUGGAAAAAUGUGCCCGGGCAGGAUGGGAGACCCACUCUGCUCCGAAAUGAAAUAGACAAAGGAUUUCCUCUGACCAGACCCAACUGGAACCACGAGACCCUGGCUGGUAGGGAGCAUCUCCGUCUUUAUCGCCAGACUCUGAUAGCAGGUCUCAAAGGGGCCGGAAGGUGCCCAACCAAUUUGGCAAAGGUAUGUGCUAUAACCCAGGGGGAAAAUGAAACCCCCACAGGGUUCCUAGAGCGCCUAAUAGAGGGAUAUAGGAUGUACACCCCUUUUGAUCCCACGGCCCAGGAGCGUCAGGUGGACCUUAUUAUGGCCUUCAUAGGACAAUCUGCUCCUGACAUUUGUGGUAAGUUCCAACGGCUAGAAGGCCUUCAGGGGUACUCCAUACAGGAUUUAGUAAGAGAAGCUGAAAGAAUCUAUAAUAGGUGAGAGACAUUAGAAGAGAACAGAAUCAGAAAAGAACAGGAAGCUAGAGAAGAUAAGAGAGAGAAAAAGAGAAAUAAAGAGUUAAGUCGAAUUUUGGCCACAGUAGUCCAGGGAGCAGGACCAGGUAGGGACCUGGGAGACAAAAGAAGAGGACAUUGGGCUCGAGAAUGUCCGAAGAAGCUGAACAGACUUCAAAAGAAAAUAACCCCAGUCCUGACUCUAGGGGACUAGGGAAGUCGGGGCCAGGAGCUCCCCCCUGAGCCCAGGGUAACCUUGAAGAUAGGGGGGCAAUUGACUACCUUCAUGAUAGACACAGGAGCUCAGCACUCAGUCCUGACAACAAUUGAGGGAACUAUGAGUUCCAAAACAGCUUGGGUCGUUCAAGGGGCCACCGGAAGAAAAACAUAUAGAUGGACCACAGAAAGAAAAGUGGACCUCAGUACAGGACGAGUCUCUCACUCGUUCUCAUUGGUCCCUGACUGUCCAUAUCCCCUUCUUGGGAGAGAUUUACUCUCUAAGCUGGGAGCCCACAUCCACUUCACUAGAAAGGGAGCUACCCUAAAAGGAAAGGAUGGAGCUCCACUACAAGUGUUAACCCUGCGACUGGAAGAUGAACAUCGGUUAUAUCAAGGACCGAUAGCAGGGACUCCUGUUAUACCUGAUUGGCUAAUUAAAUUCCCCUCGGCAUGGGCCGAUACAGGAGUUCCGGGACUAGCAUCCAACCAGCCUCCAAUAGUGGUCACUCUAAAACCAUCUGUAACCCCGGUUUCAAUCAAGCAAUACCCUACGAGCAGAGAGGCCCGAGAGGGAAUCAGACCCCACAUUCAAAGACUUUUACAAAUAGGCAUACUCUGCCCCUGUCAGUCCUCCCCUUGGAACACCCCGCUGCUCCCCGUGAAAAAGCCAGGAACGAAUGACUAUCGACCGGUCCAAGACUUAAGAGAAGUCAAUCGGAGAACAGAAGAUAUACACCCCACUGUUCCAAAUCCCUACAAUCUCCUGAGUUCCUUGCCUCCCAGUCACAGGUGGUACACUGUACUUGACCUGAAGGAUGCAUUUUUCUGCCUAAGGCUGAGCCCGGUUAGCCAGCCCAUCUUUGCUUUUGAAUGGAAGGACCCUGAAGCUGGAAUAUCAGGGCAACUAACCUGGAGGUGACUUCACCAAGAAUUCAAGAACUCCCCUACUCUGUUUGAUGAAGCUCUACAUCGUGAUUUGGCUGACUUUUGGGUAAGAAACCCACAGAUUAUGCUUCUUCAAUAUGUGGAUGACCUCCUCUUAGCGGCUGAGACAGAAGCUGGCUGUCUGCAAGGUACGGAGGCUCUCCUAUUGAGACUGGGAGAACUUGGAUACCAGGCCUCGGCAAAGAAAGCCCAGAUCUGCCUACAGCAGGUGAACUAUUUGGGCUACAGGUUGGAGGGAGGGCAAUGUUGGCUGAUGGAAAGCAGGAAACAGGCAGUAGCCUCUAUCCCCCCACCAACCUCAGCCAGAGUACUCAGAGAGUUCUUGGGAAGCACAGGAUUCUGUAGAUUAUGGAUACUGCUGGGCUUCACUGAAAUAGCAGCUCCUCUAUAUCCUUUAACAAAGAAUGGGACCCCUUUCGUCUGGGCAGAAGAACACCAGAGAGCUUUUGACAAAAUAAAAAGAGCGCUGUUGACGGCUCCAGCUCUAGGAUUGCCAGAUUUGACAAAACCUUUCACCUUAUACAUAGAUGAAAAUAAAGGGAUGGGAAAAGGAGUUCUUACUCAGACUUUGGGACCCUGGAAAAGGCCAGUGUCUUAUCUCUCAAAGAGACUGGACAAUGUGGCUGCUGGCUGGCCCCCAUGUUUGAGAAUCAUGGCGGCAAUAGCAUCCCUGGUAAAAGACUCAGACAAACUCACCAUGAGUCAGCCCUUAACUGUUAUAACACCACAUGCGGUGGAGUCCAUCAUUAGACAGCCCCCUGACAGAUGGCUGUCAAAUGUCAGGGUGACCCAUUACCAGGCACUACUAUUAAAUCCAGAAAAGAUUAAGUUUGGUAGCCCGGCCACCUUAAACCCCACCACGCUGCUACCAGCUCCUAAGAAAGGCACUGAGAUUCCCCAUGACUGCCAGCAAAUACUUGCGGAAAUGCAUGGGACUAGGGAAGACCUCACCGACCAGCCCCUAAUCGAUGCAGAUGCCACUUGGUAUACGGAUGGCAGCAGCUUUCUGUGAGAUGGUGAGCGCAAAGCGGGGGUGGCGGUGGUUGAUGGGGAGAAGAUAAUCUGGGCCCAAGCCCUGCCGGCCGGAACAUCAGCCCAACAGGCUGAAUUAAAAGCCCUAACCCAGGCCCUAAAAUUAGCAGAGGGCAAAAAGGUCAACAUUUACACCAACAGUCGCUAUGCGUUUGCCACAGCCUAUAUACAUGGGGAAAUUUACCAGAGAUGGGGACUCCUCGCCUUGGCUGGUAAGGACAUUAAAAACAAGGAAACAAUAGUGGACCUUCUGCAAGCCUUGUACUUGCCUAAAAAGGUCAGCAUCAUCCACUGCCCUGGACAUCAGCGAGGCCAGGGACCGAUUGCCCAGGGCAAUCUAAUGGCAGAUGAAGCCGCCCACCAGGCAGCAGAAAGCACCCAUGUCCUCUACACUCAUUCAGCCCUGAAGACUGAAAUUGAGACACAAAAAAGGGAGGGAGAGGCUCUUUUCACUUACACUGAACAAGAUCUGGAACUCGUCCGGAAGCUCAACGCUACCUUGGACCCAGAAUCUAAAAUGUGGGAAUAUCAGGAUCAAAUCAUACUGCCCCGAAAGGCGGCCCUUGAGUUAAUCUCCCAACUCCACCAGUAGACGCACUUAGGACACAAGAAACUAAAAAUGCUACUAGAAAGAGAAGAACAAAUCUAUUAUUUCCCAGACCUUAACCAGCUAGUCCAGAAGGUAAUGGGAGAUUGUGUCUCAAGUUCCCUGGUGAAUGCUUCAAGAUCAAAGGUCCCAUCUGGCAUGACAGAAAGAGGGACACGACCCGGGACUAAUUGGGAAGUGGAUUUUACUGAGGUCCUCCCAGGAAAAUAUGGUUAUAAAUAUCUCUUAGUGUUUAUAGACACUUUCUCAGGGUGGGUUGAAGCUUUCCCCACCCGGAAGGAAACAGCCCAGACUGUGGUGAAGAAAUUAAUUGAAGAAAUCUUCCCUCGAUUCAGACUGCCCAAGGUAAUUGGAUCUGAUAAUGGCCCAGCCUUCGUCUCCCAGGUAAGUCAGGGAAUGGCCAAAGCAUUGUGGAUUAAUUGGAAAUUACAUUGUGCUCACAGACCCCAAAGUUCAGGACAGGUAGAAAAAAUGAAUAGAACCAUUAAAGAGACCUUAACUAAAUUAGCUCUGGAGACUGGCACUAAAGACUGGGUACAGCUCUUACCUCUAGCUCUAUUUUGGGCUAGAAAUACUCCCGCUAUGCAUGGCCUGACCCCCUACGAAAUCCUCUUUGGAGGACCCCCUCCUGUCCUUAAUGUAACUUUGUCUCCCCUGCCCUCUUCUUUUGAUAACCCCAGCCUAAAAAAAAGACUUCAAGCCCUCCAGAUCAUCCAGAACCAGGUUUGGAGGCCCUUGGCUGCUCUCUACCGGCCUGGGAGUCCACGUACACCCCACCCCUACCAGAUUGGAGAUCAGGUGUACGCGAGAAGACACAACGUAAAGACUCUUGAACCACGGUGGAAAGGACCCUACAUGGUUCUCCUGACUAUGCCCACGGCCCUCAAAGUAGACGAGAUUUCGGCCUGGAUUCAUGCUUCCCACGCCAAGAGUGCCCUGGCCCAGGAGGACACUGGAAAAUGGCAUCUACACAAAACAUCCAACGCUCUAAAAAUAAGACUCUCCAGAGAUACCUAA